CUGGCCUCUGCCCGCGGGCCGCGACGGGAUCGUGAAGACCAACUCAACUAGUGUAGGCCUUAAACUAGCCCCCCGAUCCCUCACGUUCGGCCACCGCGACGAGCACGAGAUCCCAGCGCUGCCCCGCCCGACGCCAUGAUGGAUCCCUCCUCCUCCUCCGCCGCCGUCCCGGCCGCCGCCCCCGCUGUCGGUGACGGCGGCGGCGGCGGCGGCGGGGGCCCGGCGGUCGCCGUCUCCUCCGCGGUCGCGAUGGCGUCCAGGCGGUUCCAGCACCUGCUGGACCGGUCCACGCCCCACGUCGGGCGGCGGUGGCUGGCCUUCGCCGGCGUGGCGGCCGCGUACGCGCUGCGUGUCUGGUUCGCGGGAGGGUACUACAUCGUGACCUACGCCCUCGGCAUCUACAUCCUCAACCUCCUCAUCGCCUUCCUCUCGCCCCAGGUCGACCCCGAGGUCGCCGAGGUGCUCGGCGAGGGGGGGGCCGCGCUCCCCACCCGCGCAUCUGACGAGUUCCGCCCUUUCGUCCGUCGCCUUCCGGAGUUCAAAUUCUGGUAUUCCAUUGUUAAAGCAUUCUGUAUUGCUUUUGUCCUGACGUUCUUCAGUGUGUUCGAUGUGCCUGUGUUUUGGCCUAUUCUUCUAUUCUAUUGGGUGGUUUUGUUUACAGUCACAAUGAAGCGACAGAUUCUUCAUAUGAUAAAAUACAGAUAUGUUCCAUUCUCCUUCGGGAAGCAGCGUUAUAAUGGAAAAAGGGUAGCUUCUGCUGAUGAUCUCACCCUUCCCAAGGAUUAAGUACUUGGGAUUCUGUAACUGCAAAAUGUGCUUUUAGUUACUACGUAGCAGUUGGAAAUGGCCUGUAAUGGCUGCACAGGUAGCUCCAUCGAUCGCAAGGAUCUGAACGUUACAAAAUGCUAACACCAAGCAUUAGAACCUCAUAAAAAACCAUGGUAUCUUUACAAUGCUGAGAGAAUAGGCCUCUAGCACCGCUUUUCGCAGUGUUUCCCUGUACUAGAGCAAAACCGUAUGUACACAUUUGUUGCUCCAUAUAUCUCCCUGUACUAUAUUAGCGCCGAGAAGUGAGAAGAUGGAUGACCCACAGGAUCUUGUAUAACAUUUGUUGGAGUGUUUUACCCAACUACUCAUGUUUCACUGAGUAAGUUGCUGCUUGCUAUGCAGUUCAGCGUAUUCCGUGUUAACUGAGUCAAACUGCAAACUGUACUAUGCGUGGGUUUCCAACUACCACCCAAAAUAAUUGAUGAAUUGUUCUUUUUCAAAAAAAAAAA